AUGGCAUUCACAAAGAAGAUCAUCGCAAUUGUCGGCGCUACUGGCACACAAGGAGCAUCAGUUGCUCGCACAUUCUUGCGCCUUCCAAACUGGCACGUUCGAUGCCUUACUCGCAAUCCAGCUUCCGAGAAAGCUCGACAGCUUGUAGAACAGGGCGCCGAGGUAGUUGAGGCCGACCUCAAGGACGAAGAGUCCCUACGUCGAGCCUUCGCCGGUGCAAAUGCCAUCUUCCUCAACACCGACUUUUGGCAACCCUAUCGCGAGGCUCUCGCAUCUGGCAUUGAUGAACUGACAAGUGCCAAGCAAGGCUACGAGGCAGAAAUCACGCACGGCAAGAAUGCAGUGAAUGUCGCUGCUACCAUUUCAACGCUGGAAAGGUUCAUCUACUCGGCUCUGGGCCCAAUGAACAAGGCCUCGGGUGGGAAGUACUCGGACUGCCACCAUUGGGAGACCAAGGCACACAUCGUCGACUACAUUGAGACCCAGAAACCCGAACUGGCAAGGAAGACAUCCUUCAUCUACGUUUCUUGUUACAUCAGCAAUCCGUUCCUGUAUCCCAAGUUUCAGCCGGAGAGCAAGCAGUUCGUCUCUGUCAUGCCGGCUAGCAAAGCUAUGCGCAUGCCUAUCAUCGAUACGGCUCGGUCGAAUGGUCCAUUCGUCAGGGCUUUGGUAGAAGAUGAGGCCGCAGGGACGAAGUUACUUGCUUACGACGAUUACAUCUCUAUCGAAGAGCUGAUGAAGGUUUGGACUCGAGCCCUUGGAAAGGAAGUUGAGUUUGUUCAGACGACAAUCAAGGAUAUGAGUGAAAAGUUUGGCAUCCCGGUUGAGAUUCUAAAAGGUCCAGCAUUCGUUGAUGAGUUUGGAUACUCUGCCGGAGUGGAGAACAUCGUUGAGCCUGCUCAAUUGAAGUCUCGUGUACAGGGUCAGAAGUUUGAGGAGUGGUUGAAAAGUCAGGAUGUUGCGGAGCUGCUUGGUUUGAAGGACUCGAACAAUUGGGAUGGGCUUGUACAAUAA